AGUGGGUAAGUAAUAGUGGAGUAAAUAGUUUUAUCAUAAAAGGAUUUAUUGUUAUAUUUGUUUGAACCGAUUACAAGUAGCACUUAUCAUAACUUAAAUAAAUCAUGAAACUUUGCUACUAUUAAUGGGUAGAGAUAUUAAUCACCUUCUUAACCUCAUUAAACAACACCAAAAUUACCGCAAAGCAAUUAAACAAAUUCAUACUCAGUUAAUAUUCACCACUGCAGUAAAUACAUUAAACCAAAGUUCAUUACCCAUUAUAUUAACUCUUUGGAACUCUUUAAUUAGACAUUAUGCACUUGGUAUUUUCCCACAAGAAUCUUUUUUUCUGUUUAAACAAUUACAGUUUCAAUAUUACCCCAUUAUAUUUUUUGACAGCUUUACAUAUUCAUUCUUGAUUAAAGGAUCAGCUAAUUUAGGAAAGUUUUGUAUUGGGAAACAGAUACAUUGUUUGAGUUUGAAAGAUGGAUUUGAAUCCCAUGUUUAUGUGCAAACUGCAUUGGUUAAUAUGUAUGGGGAGUGUGGGUUUGUUGGUGAUGCUAAGAAAGUGUUCGAUGAAAUGCCUGUGAGAAAUAUUGUUACUUGGAAUGCUUUGAUUAGUGGUUCUAUCAAAUGGGGUGAUGUUAAGGUUGCUCGGGCUGUGUUUGAUGCAAUGCCUGAGAAGAAUGUGGUUUCUUGGACGGGACUUAUCGAUGGGUAUACGAGGAUGGGUCGAUUUAACGAGGCUUUAUCGUUGUUUCGCGAAAUGGUUGUGGUUGAGGGGAUUAAACCGAGUGAAGUGACUCUUUUGGCGAUAUUCCCGGCUAUUUGGAAUGUUAGGUGUUUAGAGUGUUGUCAAAUGAUUCAUGCUUACGGGGAGAAAAGUGGUAUCGAUGUGUUUGAUAUACGUGUUAUGAAUUCACUUGUAGAUGCUUAUGCUAAGUGUGGAAGUGUAGACGAUGCUGUGAGUGCUUUUGAGGAUAUAUCGGGUGAAAGAAGGAAUUUGGUAUCGUGGACGUCGAUUAUAUCAGGAUAUGCGAUGCAUGGGAUGGCAAAAGAAGCUUCGGAUAGUUAUAACAUGAUGGUGGAUGCAGGUGUUGAACCGAAUCGCGUAACGUUUUUGAGUAUGCUCAAUGCUUGUAGUCAUGGAGGUUUAGUGGAUGAGGGGCUCGAGUUUCUCAGGAAAAUGGUUGAUGAGUUUGGGAUUCAACCAGACAUUAAGCAUUAUGGCUGCUUGAUUGACAUGUUAGGGAGGGAAGGUAGGUUAGAAGAAGCAGAAAAGAUAGCGUUGGAGAUACCUAAUACUAUGUCUAAUGUUGUGAUUUGGAGAACGUUAUUGGGUGCUUGUAGUUUUCAUGAUAAUGCGGAUAUGGGAGAAAGAGUUAUGCAGAAGAUCAUGGAGAUGGAAAAAAAAUACGGUGGUGAUUACGUGCUUCUUUCGAAUAUCCUGGCGGGUAUGGGCAGGUAUGUUGAUUCUGAGGUUGUGAGGCGAGUGAUGGAUGAGCAAAAUGCACUGAAAGCCCCCGGCCUUAGUUUUACUUAAUGUAAGAUUGUAUACUGAUUGAUAUAUUGUUUAUAUGUCACAUUUCCCUUGAUAUUGUUCUUUCACCAAAUUGGUACUUUUCUGCAUUUCUUCGUUUAUUCUCAUUUA